AUGACCACCAGUAAUAUUUUUAAAUUUUUAAAUUGGAUUUUAAAUAUCUUAUUUCUGCAAAGCCAUGAUUAUCCUUGAAAAACAAAAGCUUUCCAGCCAAUCCAUCAGCAUCCAGUUUUGGUUUACAAUGGCUAUGGAAAUACAAUUUUUAGAUGCACAGAACAACAAGGAUGAAAUGCAAAACUGCAAAAGAAAGAUGGGGCUUUGAGAGCAUCGUAUCUAUCUGUGAACAACUGAAACAGAGAAUUGGUGGUAAACCUGAUAAUCUUUUGCAGAAAAUGAUUGAUGGAAAGAUUAAUAAAUUUAACAAAAUAUCCCUGAUACCCCAGAAAACUAAAGAUCCAGAAACAAUUUUUGCUUGAGAGGAGUUUGGAAGGUUGGCUGACACAAUGAAUGUAAGAGAGCAGACAAAAUGUAACUUGCUGCUGUGGAGAGAGAUGUCGAAAACUGAACUGUACUACAUUUGUAAAGCUCUAUGUUUUUGCUAUCUAAAUGGAAAGCAGAAAUGCCAGUGUGUGCACGAAGCCUCGUGUCACCUGGACGCCCGAGCGAGCACGACCUGGUUUAUCUUGAAUCGUUUGCACAGCCCAGGGUUGUCGAACAGGACACGUAGGCUUGGUCUGGAAGCAGCCCUGUCCCUUCCCCUGGCUCCUCUCUUUCCCCCCCGCUGCCUAAAGCCUUGCCAGGUCAGGCUGGGCCCGGUGUUCCGCGGGCGUGCGGGGCCAGGGGGCAUGUGGGGCACGACGGCUGGCUGCCCCCGUGCUCGGCCCUCCCGGCUCUCCUCAGCGGUUUCUCCCGCACGCACGCCCCGAUUGCAGGCUGCUGCGGCGCCGGCCGAGCCCGCAGCGAGCGCGGCCACCCGCUGCCGCGGCUCCUCAUCCGGGAAGGCGAAGGGGGCAGGAGGCGAGAAGGGGCAGAAGGCGAGGAGGAGCAGGAGGCGAGGCGGGCAGAGGGCGAGGAGAGCCCGGGGCCGGCGGGCGUGAGGCGGCGGCCGCCGCAGCCGCGCGGGAGGGGACGCGGCGGCGCUCGCGCUCCGCCAAUCGCGGGGCUGCUCACGCGCGGGCCGGGAGGCUGCGCCCAGCCUGCGGCGGCGGCUGCCGGGCGAGCCAUGGGCACGGUGCCGUCCGCGCUGAAGCACUGCCUCAGCUAUCAGCACCUCCUCAAGGAGCAGCUGUGGAUCGCGGAGCCGCCCGCGGCCGCGCACCCCGCGCAGGAACCUCAAGCAUCUGGACUGCCUGAGUACAUAAAGAUUGUAGAAGUUGGGCCAAGGGAUGGAUUACAAAAUGAGAAGGUGAUAGUCCCAACUGAUAUAAAAAUAGAGUUAAUCAACCAGCUUUCCAAAACAGGCUUGCCUGCAAUAGAAGUGACCAGUUUUGUUUCAUCCAAAUGGGUGCCUCAGAUGGCAGAUCACAAAGAAGUAAUGAAGGGCAUUGAGCGGCAUCCUGGAGUCCAGUAUCCUGUUCUCACACCUAAUCUUCAAGGUUUUCAUUCUGCUAUUGCAGCAGGAGCUACAGAAGUCUCAGUAUUUGGCGCAGCAUCUGAAUCUUUUAGCAAAAUGAAUAUUAAUUGUUCAAUUGAAGAAAGCAUAGAAAGGUUUGAAGAAGUCACUAAAUCUGCAAGGAAUAUGAAUAUUCCAGUGCGUGGGUAUGUGUCCUGUGCCUUGGGAUGCCCAUAUGAAGGAAACGUUGUACCAGAUAAAGUGGCAGAAGUUUCUAAGCGGCUGUACAGUAUGGGCUGUUAUGAAAUCUCUCUGGGAGAUACAAUUGGUGUGGGGACGCCUGGAAGUAUGAAAAAAAUGCUGGAAGCUGUUAUGAAAGAAAUUCCUUUGAGUGCUCUUGCUGUUCACUGUCAUGACACAUAUGGCCAGGCAUUAGCCAAUAUUCUCACAGCCAUGCAGAUGGGAGUUGCUGUAGUGGAUUCAUCUGUUGCAGGACUUGGUGGUUGUCCCUAUGCAAAAGGUGCUACUGGAAAUGUAGCCACAGAGGAUGUGAUAUACAUGCUGAAUGGUCUGGGGAUCAACACAGGAGUAAAUCUUUGUGCCGUGAUGGAAGCUGGAAACUUCAUCUGCACAGCUUUGAACAAGAAAACAAACUCAAAGGUUGCACAAGCUUCCUUCAGUACUGGAACUAUCAAUUAAAAGGAUUUUCUUUUUGCAGCUUGAUUACAUUUUCCAUUUACCUUGACCAAGGACAUUUGCUUUAGGAAAAGAAACAAGGAAACCAUUGCAUCAAAGAAAAAAAAUAGAACAGAUAUAUGAUUUUUUUAAAAUGGGAACAGGUAUUGUACUGUACUGGCAUGUCAGGAAUUGUCUGAUUUGUAAGAAAGAAAUAAAUGACUGUAGUACAGAACCCUGUACUUCAUACUUCUACAGAUGAUAAAAAUGUAUAAACACCAGGAGGUUUUACUGUUUUAAAUUGAAUUUUUAGUUCUUUUCAGGAAAACUGGGUAGAAACAGUGAGUACAUAGUUAAAUUUUAAUCAAGAUGUCUUUCAGAACAGUACAAAUAUUUUCAGUAGUUUAUGAGAUCUCACACUGUGUGGCCAUUCUAUUAUGUAUUUUAUUUAUCUGAAUUCUCACUUUUCAUUUGUCAAGUCACUGUGUUAUGAACACAGAGCCAAAUCUGAAUUCACUGUAAGAAUUGUUUAGCAAUAGAACUUCUUUUAAAUUUUGUUUAACAUCUGCUAAAUUAUGGAUGACUUUAUCUUGUUCCAAGACAUUGUGAUGAAUGGCACUCUGCCAAAUCCUUCCAAUCCUCCAGCAAAUUCCCUUAUUUGUUACAUAUGUUAAAUUUGUUGUAGUUGCAUUUUUUGGUCAACUUAUUAAAACCUAAUUAUAUGAAGCAAAUAAAAAUUGGCAAGGUUUUCAACAUCA